AUGGCCAUGGCUGAGCGGCCACGGCCCGGGUGGGCAUCGUAUCACAGCUCCAACAGCAACAACUGUCAGGACCUGGGCAACUCCAUCCUGUUGCUACUGGGUCUCGUCAUCUGCAUUAAUAUUAGCAUCAACAUGGUGACGCUGCUCUGGCGCAGACUCCGUGGCUUCUUACACCAAGUGUUCCACAUUGUUUAUGAGAAAGAAGCUUCUAAGCCAUCCUCCCCGGGGAAGCCGCCCCAGCCUCCGAAGCAGAGUGCCCCUGCAGUCCACCUCCGAUGUACCAUGGACCCUGUGAAAAUGACUGUGACCCCCCCGCCCAGUCGCCGUCACCGCCACCGCCGUUCAGGCCGCCGUGCCCACCGCCCAGCAGCCUGGGUCCCCGACACGGACGACGAGGAAAAGCCCCCACACCAGCACCCAGCAGUCUGCUCCCACCACUGGGAUCAGCCCGUAGACUGGCAGGGCCUUCAGUCCACGCAGGGGUUCUGGGCUCCCUGGCCCCAGGACGCCGCGGAGCCCCCUCCCCAGACCAUUCGCUUCCAGCAGGCCGUGGAAGGCGGGCCCCUCAAAGCAGAGAUGCGCUCAGAGCUAGGCCUCGAGGCCUACGUGUACCCGGUGAACCCCCCGCCCCCCAGCCCGCAGGCCCUGAGCCACAGGAACAGCGGGGUGGGGCCGGGGGCCCAGGCUGAGCCCGAGCCCUGCGCCCCCGCCCCUGCGGCCCCGCCGGUCCUGGGCCCUGCCCACGUCCCCGACAUCCCCCGGCGCCGCUCCUCGGGCCGCGUAGUAUAUGACGCCCGAGACGUGCGGCGGCGGCUCCGGGAGCUGACCCGCGAGGUGGAGGCCCUGUCCCACUGUUACCCCCUGGGCUCCCCGUCCAGCAACGCCGUCGAGGGGACAAACAAGGGCUGGGUGUACCGUUCUGUGAUAGAGAGGUGA